AUGCUUGUCGUCGAGUCACAAGGACUCCGUCUCGUUCCUUGGAAUGAGGUCGCUAGUUGGCUCGUCUUGGGACUCACAUAUUUCUUCAAGUUCUUCAUCAUCGUGGGAGGAGCGAUACCAUACGUGUUCCAAUAUGCUGAAAUUCAUCACCGUCGGAAUGCUUCUGGAUUCUCGCUGUUCGUGUGUCUUGCCCUCUGUGUCGCCAACAUUCUUCGUAUAUUGUUCUGGUUCGGCAAACGGUUCGACAAUGCCCUCCUUGCUCAAAGUAUCGUGAUGCUUGUUUGUAUGGUUCUGAUGCUGGAAAUCGCUGUCCGAAUGAACCGAAAACACACUGCAAAACCACUGCGGAAGUCAAUUCUGAGCACAUCAUCAAUCGAAGAUGGAAUUGUAGCACACUUUGAAUCAUCAGAAUCCACUGAAUACAAAUAA